CCGCGGCUCGACAUUCAGAAUCCGAGCAUCAGCCGUGGUAAGCGCAACUCCGGCUGCGAGCUAUAAAGUCGAAAAAUAGCAACGCGUCAACUGAAAGUUUUCAAAUUCAAAACUCAAAACUGAAAAAUUUGUUACAACAAAUUCCACACCUGACCAAAUAUACCGUAAAUUGUCAAAUAUUCACUGAAUUUGUGCUGUGCGGGUACAACAGCAAUCGGAUUACAUACAUUAGUGUCACACAUCACACUCAACGCCGCCAGGAUGUCCGCCAUACGGCAAUUCACUUUGGCCUGUGGAUUAGUUGUGCUGUUGUUGGCUGUUUGUCAAACGAAGGUCGCAAAUGCACAGUUCUUUUACAACCAGCAACAAUACAAUCAGCAACCACGUCGCCGUCAGGGAUCGGUAUCGCGCGCCAAUAGCAAUGCCUUUGAACGUCAAAUCGACUACGGUCCGAUCGGUUUGACACAAGGUGUGUCCAAUUCGCGUGCGGUGACACGACAAAAUGGUGGGCUCCGCAAUGGCGGUAGCACAAGUGUUGCCAAGAGUAAUGCCAUCUCGCGCGAACUGAACUUGGGUCCACUGGAUAUUGGAAGCACGCUUACACGCACACAGACACGCACAAAUGGCGCGGUAUCACGCGGUAUUGCACAGGAGUUCAAUGUGGGCAAUCUUGGAUUUGGCGGUUCAUUAUCACGUGAUAAUCUAGGCAAAGGUUUUGGUUUAUCGCGUGAUCCCAAUGGUGGUACCGAUCUGAAUUUGGGAUUGCUGAGCUUUAAUGUAGACCCCAAUGCACGUCAGAGCCAGGAAGCCUUGACGCAGGCGCAAGUGAAUGCAGAAGGUCGCGGUGCACGUGCACGUGCUAAUAGCAACUCGAACUCGCAGUCGCGUCAAUUUGGCGGUUUGCAAGUGACCGAUACUCGUUCACGCUCGAAUGCCUUCGGCCGCGUCCGCAAGGGACAGACUUCAGCUAACACGGGCGGCUUUGCUGGUGAUGCGUACACAAAUGCCAAUUCUUUCGGUCAAGGUUUCUUCCGUCGCAGACGUGCUACCCGCUAUGCGCAACCGAUUGUGUUGCGUUCUAAACGCUUUGCCAGACGUUCGCACCACCGUAAUGAAGGUGGCUUCGUUUUCCCCAGCGAAAGCAAUGCCCAAGCACAGGGUACAGCUCAGGGCAAAGAUGAUAGCUUCAAUCAACAAACAGGCUCCAAUACACACUCAAACCACCAGGUAAAUGAAGGCGGCUCGUUCCAGGAUAGUGGUGCCUCCAGUAUUGGCUCGAAUUUGGCUAAUGAUGGUUCCAGCGGUCAAGUCAGCUCGGCUAAUGCGAAUAAUAUGCAUUCGCAAACCAAGGAUGGUAGUUCGACUUCGAAUGGUGCACAGAGUCAGGCGCUCAAUUUCGAUAAGGAUCAACAGCAGGCGUCCUCAGCGAAUGCGGGCAGCUCACACACCCGUACCAAAGAUAGCGAAGACAUUAGCUCACAUGGUAGCUCGCAGUCGACAAACAACAAUCCGGAUGGUUCAUCCAGCAGUACCACCAAUACGAAAACGAAUGUUAUGCGCAAUGGCAAUUCGGAACGCGUCACAGCCGAUUCGAGCGGUCAGUCUCUCUACCAAGGCAAUAAUGGUCAAAAUGCUGGCGCAUCUACAAGUUCGAAUGUUAAGUCUGAGCGUGGUCCUAAUGGAUUUGUUAGUAAUUCAGCUACGAGCAGCUCAUCGGCUACCAGUCAAGGUGGUGGUAGUGGCAGCUCAUCGUCAUCGUCGUCGUCAUCAUCUUCGUCCUCUAGCGGCGGCGGCGGUGGCGGUGCAUCGGCCGGUGCAAAUGCCAAUGCUGGUGGUUACAAUCCCUACAACAAUUUCGGUGGUAAUAACUUUGGCUGGGGUAACGGCUUUGGUAACUUCGGUGGAGCACAAUCAACUAGCAAUGCUUUUGGCGGUUGGGGUCGAUGAGUGCGUUCAGAGAGGGAUAGAGAGAAAUGGAGAAUAAUGAUAAAUGUUGGCGAUAUUAUUUCAUUUUUGCUGAAAUCUUAUUAGAAUACGAAUAAAUUAAUUUAUACUA